CAUCACCACAUGAUCAGCCAACAACUGCGGUCACACAACUGACAAGCGGUAUUUCGACAUUGCCCGGACAAACAACGCCGCCUUCUGGUUCAUCACCACAUGAUCAGCCAACAACAGCGGUCAUACAACUGACAAGCGGUAUUGUCAUAUGCGUUAGAGCAUCAUUGACGCCUGUAUCGAGUGAGGCAGUAACGACUAGCGGUGGUCGGUGUUUGACUUUAAACGCGUUUGCUGAAAAUGUGAGUGUUGUUGAACCUGAGGGAGUUACGGAAAUCACGAAUGGUGUAGUGGUUGUCGUGGGUUUGGUGAUUCGUACAAAUGGCACUGGUUGGACCCCUGUUUCGCAGUUCAGCUCGUUAGUUGUGGAUUUCAGGCAUCCAGUGGAGUUGAGCCGUAUUCGGUUGUUGGCUGAUAAUUUGAAGGAAUGGAGAUUUUAUUAUCAAACAGCUAGCGAUGUGUUUCCGCGAUGGAAGUCGUAUUUCAAUUCGAGUAUAUUCAGUACUAACGAUGUCACGCUCUCGUCAACAUUGGAUGUUACGAAGAUAAGAAUAACGCCUGUGAACUCUGGUGCUGCAAAUAUUCGUUUAGAGGUCUUUGGAUGCUUCCCACAUGCUGAUCACACUAUGACAUACACAACUUCACAUACUUUUACAACCUCAGCGAGUGUCACUUGUACAUAUCCAAAGUGGACAGAAUGGACGUCAUGUACACACACGUGCGGAUUGGGAGUUCAGAUACGACAACGUAGCAACACAAAUAUAAAUGUGAUGUGUGAUGGUCCCUUUUUCGAACAACAGGCAUGUUUUCAUAAACCAUGUCCGUGUGUUGUGAGUGAAGUAUUUUUUCAUCGAGUUUUCAAUAGUACAGCACCAAGCAAUGUGGAAGUUGGUUAUAUCGAAAAAGAUGGCCGCCCGGGCUUUAAAGGUUUUGAAAAAGUGUUUAUCGGUGAUAUUGUUAAUGCUGGCACCGUCAUUCGAACGAAAGAUGAUUGUAUAACAACUUAUUGUACAUCGGAUGGUUUGAAGACAACUGAGAACCAAUGUGUUGCUAAUAAAACAAAAUUGACAUGUGACGUUGUUCAGUACGAUCAGAAACGCUUAGAAUUAGAUACAUGUGUAUCACGCGAGUCUAUAGCGCUUGAGCGUUGCGCCGGUUUCUGUGAUUCACAUCAUCGGUAUGGACCAGCACUCUACAUGAAUGGAGCACCUCAACUGGAAAAAGUAUGUAAAUGUUGUUCGGUAGACCAAACGUAUAAACAGACUGUAGCGAUGGAUUGUACAGUAAAUGGUACUUAUGCAGAAAAGACAAUAACGAUUUCUCGUAUUCGAUCGUGUCAAUGUGAUUAUUGUCAAACAGCCCCAUCAAAAAGAUGA